GGUCACAUAUUAACACCAACUGAAGGUUACAGAGUCAAACAAGGGGUUUGUUUCGUUAGUUUUUCUUACAACCAACCAUUAUUUUCCAAAACGUUUAGCACGUUGCUAAACUUUGUUAUAUGUUCUGUAUAAAAUAACACGUCUUCAACAUCAGUCUGCAAAGGAUAGACUCGGGCAGAACGAAGUGAGGGCAUGGCAGCUCGUAUGGACAUGGCCUCUGGUGAGGUGGGCCAAGCAAGAGGGGCUGGCGUCAAGCCUGCGCCAGGCCCCAAACCUCGCCUGACUCCCAAAACUUUCUCACUGCAGAGGAACACCACCCUACGCUCCAUCCUAGCCCCAAAGACACUGACAAGGACUCCACAGCCGUCUCAGACCACACCCACUACACCCACUACCUCCAGCAAACCGGAGCCUAAUCAGCCUAUAAGUGGCCCUGUGUCUGACUCAAGCGGAGCUGUGAAACGCGAUACAGAGAGCACCAUGACACCUGAACCGGCCAAUGCUCCCAAAGCUCCUUCAACCAUAACACCCCACACUGACUCAACCCAUACCACUGAACAAAGCCAAGCUGCUCUUUCCACAUCCAGCUCCCUUACUGCCCCAACAUCUGAGCCACCGGCUAGUAACAUAUCUGACCCCACUGGAACCUCGGCGGCAAAUCAAGUCAGUGAAUCUGUGAAUCAUGGCAACUCUGAUUCAGGCCACUCCGCUACUGGAACUGAGGCUGUACCAUUACCAUCAGUCACCUCAGCUCCCCUUCAACCCCAGUCUGAAGACACUGUGAGCGAGCCCACCUUUGCGAUCGUUAGAUGUCACGCUGGGGAGGAUCAGGCAGCCCGCUGGGGAGGAUGCAGGAAACGGCUGUCCAUGGAGCUCACCUCCAGGUUUGAGUCGGCCGGCCUCUCGCGCCCCUCACAGCCACCAGCCAAAGACAACAACCAGAAGCAGGAACAGGCGACCAAGAGAGAGACUGCAGUCCUCAAAGUGUCUGUCCUCAGGACCAAGGAGGAAGAGAAGAUAACAGAUUCACCAGAGACAUCGUCUGACCCGGAGUGCAGACUCAAGCACUCAGCACCGCUGAAGGAAGAGAGGGUUGGAGAAGGGGUAAAGGAGGCAGGAGAAGAGAACGUGUGCAGCAUACAAUGGAGGAUCAGUUUGCUGCUGGACUCCUCCUCGAGGCCAGAGCCUCUGACCAAGAGGGAGGAAGUACCUGGUCCAAUUAAACAAGCAGACGGUUCUGGGGGUGUGAAACAGCGAAUUAAAGACUGGGCAUUAGACACACCUCCUGUUCAGGCAUCCAAUCAGAGGGUGGAUGUUGCCACUCAACCAAUCCCUGGCAGAGUUCACCCUGCGUUGGGUGUCACUGGGGGGUCAUUGGCAACGAGUGAAAGCGUUCAGCUAGCUCCCCGGGAGGACAAGGCUUCCACCCUAUGUCACUCAGGACGUUCUGGGAUAAAGAUUAAUAGUGAGGAGAUAGAAGAUGAGGAAGAGGAGGGAGAGGAGAAGGGGGCCCAGGUGCCACUCUACAAACCAGUAGGAAGACUUCUUCGGAUGGAAGAUGGAGGGAAAAAACAAGAGUUAGUGAUUGAUCAAAUAGAGAAAGAUAUGGAGACCAAGGUGCAAAAGGAGGAAAAACUUAAACAGCUGGUGCUAGAAGAGAGACAAGCAGAGAAGGAGAGGGAGAAAGAGAGGCAACAAGAAGUUGAGUUAGAGAUAGAAAGACAAAAAAAAGUGCAGAAAGAAAAGGAAAGGGAGAGACAGAAUGAGGAAGAGAGGGAAAGGAAGAGACAGAGAGAGGAAGAAGAGAGAAAGAUGAAAGAAGAGGGGAGAGAAAGGCAAAGAGAAAUAGAGAGGGAACGGGAUAGACAGAGACAGAUGGAGGAGGAAGAGAGGGAGAGAAAGAGGAAGGAAGAGGAUAGGGAGAGAGAAAGACAAAGAGAGGAGGAGCGGAAUAGGGAGCGACAGAGAGAGGAAGAAGAGAGGGAGAACACGAGGAAAGAAUUAGAGAAGGAGAGAGAAAGAGAGAUAGAACUUGAGAGGGAAAAGGAGAUACUGAGAAAGGAGGAAGAGAGGGAGAGGAGCAAAGAAGAGGAGAGGGAGACAGAAAGACAGAUAGAAGUGAAGAGGGAAAGGGAGAGACUGAGAAAGGAGGAAGAGAGGGAGAUGUUUAGAGUGGAAGAGGAGAGAUUGAGAGAGGAGGACAGGGAGAAACUCAUAGAAGAGGAGAGGGAAAGGGAAAGAAAGAGAGAGGAGGAAAAGAUGAAGGAAGAUGAGAGACAGAGAGAAAAAGAGCAGGCAAGAGAAAGACAAAGAGAGGAAGAGAGGGAGAAAGAACAAGCGGAUUCCCCAGUCCAAUUGAUCACUCUUGAACCUGACCAAUCUCCAAAGCCAGAGCUUCCUUCUCGUUCCCCUACCAUCCCCAUCAUAGAAUCCAUACUGAAGGAUGAGGAGCAGCCUCACAUCAAGGUGGUCUACAACUUUUCUAACAAAGAGGAGAAACCUCUUCUUGAGGUGGUCAAUGAUAAUUUCUCCAUCAAGCUCGGGAGGUGGGGGUCUCAGGCCAGGCUCGUCGCCGACCGUGCCCAGGAUGAGACAUCUUUCCCUGGAAGGUUACUGGGCCUCCAGAGAACUGUUGUUAACACCCAGGAGUCACUCAACGUCAAAUCUCACCCAGCCGAGGGGAACAUAGAGUGGGUAGUCCCCACCCAAGAGAAUAGGAUGGAGAAGGAGCAUGAGAAGGUGGAUGUAGAAGAGGAAGCAAAUGUGGACACGGAGGAGGAGCAGUUGAAGUGCUGUGUGGGGGCGGGAGAGGGACAUGACAGAGAGGCUCUGAUUGAUGGAGAGCCAGACAAGCAGUAUGGGGGAUGUGACACUAGACUGUCUGAGGAUGCCAGUCUGCAGACGACAGUGGAACAGAUCUCCCCUGUCACACCAGAUGAGCCUAACAGUACAUCUCCACUAGAAGAAACAGAGGAGCCAUUAGCCUUUCCUGAUAUUUCUCCUCCUCUAUUGGACACCAGUGCUCAGCGUGCAAGGGCAAAGCUGAGGAAGAGUCGGAGGACCCGCCCCCCUCGAGCUGUCCAUCAGAACUCUACCACAGCAACGCUUGAGGAAAACCACGUCCACGACUGGAGGUUCUGUGACUCCUCAGAUAAGGUGGUCUCUCUAACAAGGGGAGAUUGUGAGUCUGAUGAGGAGCAGCCCCGAGGGAGGGAGGUAUGUUCACCACCUUCCCAGCCCCAGAGAAUACCCCUCUUUUCUGGAAUGGACCCGUCCGCCCUCAAGGCUCAGUUAAAGAAGCGAACAGGGGGAGGAGUUAAAGGAGCAGAUACAGACAGUCAGACAGACAGUCUUGCUCCAUCCCCCUCUCAUCUCUCCCGCUCUCCCGGAUGUUCCUCCUUCCUACCCGGGUCGUCACAGAUGCUACCCCCUGUAGGGAACAAAGAUGGAGGGGGGGACUCGUCUCCUUCAUGGCUGCAAGAACUCAAGUCUAAGAAGCGCUUGAGUCAAUACAACAGUGAGGACUAGCUGAGUGGAUGGACCUCAUUUUUACACCCGUUAUUACAAUCAAAAUACAUAUCUGAUCACAUUCCCCUUCCAUGCACACCUUAAAGUGUUAGUUAACUCCAAAGAAAGCCUAUAGCUUGUUAAAAGUUUGCAGUCUGACGAUUUCAGACACACUUUGAUUUGAGUGAACUGUCACUUUAAAAUAUGCCCUGUAUCUGUUUAAUGUAAAUUAGCUUUUAUUCCUGUUUACGUCUAGGAGAUACCACCCAGCUAGCACAUUCGGUUCCUUGGAACUUGUAGGAACGUACGUAUUUGGUUUCCCAUUGGUUCUGGGAACGAAGCCAUAAGUAUCUUGACCGGUAAAACGAAAAGUUCUGAGAAAGGAAGUGAAAACGUGGUCUGUUCUGGAAACUUACAUUUUUAGGUUGCAGAGAGAUUCUGAGAAGCUUUCCUGGGAGGUUUUAUUAACGUUCUGAGUACGUAAAUUAUAGGUUAUUUAAAGGUAAUUACAUAACGUCCUGAGAAAGUGUUUCAAUAUGACUUUUAAAAACACUGAUAGCUUAGAACAUAUAGGACACAUGGAAAUGCAUUUUUGUUUAUUGUGCCAGAGUCUAACCUAUGAUCUUCUGUUUUGUAUCCAUGGAAUUAGUCAACUGCGCCACCAGGAUGGAGCUAGCAUGCCAUGUUUGUUUUUUACUCAUACAAAGCUGAUCAUUUUAAUCUAUUCAAAUAGACCCCAUUUCAAAGGAAACAAGCACUAAUUAAGAUCCGGUAUGGCCAAUUAGUGGGCGCAGCCAACACACUUAACAAGAUAGAGGAUAGAGAGUGUUUUGUUAAUUCUGAGAACAGAAUGUAUAUGUUUUUAAAUAACAUUCUUAGAACGUUCUUUGAAUGUUACUACAUUUUUGUGUUUUUUAUGGAAAAUGUUCUUAACAUUCUCUGAACAAUUUGAGAACAUGAAUUUAACUAGAACCUGUAGGAAACGUUAUGCUGAAGUACCAAAAUUACCACAGAAAAAUGUUGUUUCUUAACGUUCUCUGAACAAUUUGAGAACAUGAAUUUAACUAGAACCUGUAGGAAAUGUUAUGCUGAAGUACCAAAAUUACCACAGAAAAAUUUUGUUUCUUAAUGUUCUCUGAACUAUUGGAGAACAUUCUCAAUGUCAAACCAGUUGGAGAACAUUCUUAGAAUGUUACCAAAAUUGUAAUGAAAUAUAACCAUGUUUGAACUUUUAGGAAACGUUCUGUUUAAGUAAUGAAAUUCCAAGAAAACAAUGUUUUCUUGUGAAGUUCCUUAAAUGUGCUGAGAAUGUUCCAAAGCCAAGCAACUAUCCUGCACCAUUCCCAGAAAGUUGUGGGAAGGUUGUAUGCAAAAUAACCAUAGGACAACCAGGCUCUCACCAAGCUCUAGGAAACAUAUGGUUCUCAGAACAUUAUGUGCUAGCUGGGCAUUGACUUGGAGAUCAUCCAACUGAUGCUGCUGUUGUUGCUGACAAACACCCCUGUGACAAACACAGCAGUGACCUGGACUCCCUCCAAUCAUGUGCCUUUCCAGAAACUCACUUUUUUUAUUGACAAACUAUGCAAGACAAUGGAGAAGCAUUGGAUACUUUCCUGCCUUUCGUUGUGACCAUCUCUUUGACUUUUCUAUUCGUCAAAGGAAUUAUAAGCAUGUAGACUAUUUGCAACACAGAAACACUAAGCACGCACACACACACACACACACAGAGAAUAUUUGCAACAUUUGGACAAGUGCCUCUCAUCACAGGCCACUAUAUGUUCUAGACUGUAUCUUUCCAUCCAUCCAAACUUGCAUGCCAGAUUCUGUGUGGGAGCUUGACGUAAUUACCAUACGUGUUUAGGUCAUGCACACAAAUAUCCACAAUGCCACAAGGUUCACAUACAUACUUGAAUUGUACAUCUUUUGGCACCUAGCCAAUGGAACUUUCCUUCUUUCUCAAUUGAUCUCUUGUUUUGAACUAAUCCGUCAGUUUCCUUUCUCUGUUAUGUUAUGCACUCACUCGCUGCUCUAAUGAGCUGCUCUUGAUAAAAGUAUCUGGUAGAUACAACGAUAUUAUCUCUACUCUGUCCAAACAAGAAAAGGAGAGGAAUAGCUCUGUCUGCACACUUGUUCACACUUGUGCACUUGUGUGGUUUGAUUAGAGACAAUGUCUCAACCCCUGUGUACAAUAGGUCUUUCAUCUGAUCUCAGUCAAUAACAAACCAAUACACAUGUGCAUACUUUGCCUGCCAUGAUGCCCAAAUCCUGCAAAAGUGACAUAAAGCACUUUAAGAGUGAUCCAUUUACAGUAACAAUGACAGGUGCACUAGAAAAUAAUUGUAUACAAUACCAUUCCCCGUCCAUAGGUGCAGACUGACAUUGACAAAAUGAUGUCUAUCAAAUAAUAAGUACUAAUUUUACACAUUCAGAUUCAAGUAUAUUUGGGCAAGGUCCUAUUGUCAUUGCAUUAGUAAUAAGCAUGUUGAUCUGAUAUGUCUGUAUGUAUUGCUGUCAGCCACAGAUAAGAUCUUGUUUCUUCUGAGUGUUGAUCAGCUGAUAUUGUUCAUUGCUGCCAGAUCAAUUAAGGAGUAUUUUCUGUCAGUGUUUUUUGAAAGGGUGCAAAUCUCUAACAUUUUCACUUUCAUAUUAUCUUCAUAACGUUCAAUGGAAUAAUAGAAAACACAAACAAUCCACACACUCAGAAAUGCAAAUACUGUAGGCCUAUAUACAGUAAGAAACAUGUUUUGAAUGGCACCAUAGAAUGUUUUUGAUACCUACACCUACUAGUCUACAUUGACUGUGUGAAAAGUGGGUAACACCACUUGACACCCAAUGUCAUAACACAUUAUGAUAUGGCCAUAACCAUGUCAUAACAGCUGACAACUUGUCACAAUAUAUAUAUAUAUAUAUAUAUAUAUAUGUCACAACAGCUGUAAAUAUAUAUUUACACAUUUAUUCAAAUAACUUUUUUGCCUGCCAAGAGGUUUCCUUUCGUUUGAAAGUUUGUUUCUUAAAUCCUUUGUUGUUGUUGUAAUGAAUUCUUUACAUUCAAGCUUUAAAUAACUUGUAGAAAAUAAACUUUAUGACACUGUCAUGAAGAAUUGUGA